AUGGUAGUCGAAGCUCAACCUGCUCUCGUCCUUGAAAAGUUGACAGUUGAUGUUCCUCGUUCAUCCAUUGCAUCUAAAGUCACUCAACUCACUCAACAGUAUAACCUGGCUGAUCCUUCCUUUCACAUACAGAGUCGUAUUGAUCUCAUCAUUGGAAAUGCAAUUUUCCCUCAACUUCUCACUCAAAACCAAUUUUCACUUGGGCCUAACUUACCUACUGCUUUAGGAACUCGAUUCGGUUUUGUACUUAUGGGUACCGCUCCUUGCUCCCUCACAAACCCGGUGAUUACCAAUAACACACCUGCCACUUCACUCAAUGUUUGUUUACUGUCAAAAAGUGACGUCGAUUUACACGCUUCCUUACAACGCUUUUGGGUGCAAGAAGAACCCCCUACAUCACCCAGUCUAACUCAUGAAGAGGCACUGUGUGACCAACACUUCAGAAAAACUGUUACUCGUGAUGAAAAUGGACGUUACAUUGUUCGUUUGCCUUUCAAAGACUCUUCAGAUCAUUUUCUAGGUGAUUCCAAGCCAGCUGCUGAAACACGUUUGUAUGCUAUGGACCGGAAGUUUCGUUCAAAUGAUCAGUUUUCACAACUCUAUCAUGACUCUAUAAAUGUAACCUAA